AUGGAUAAUAAAGAUAAUGAUAAUCAUUACAAAUUUUUACAGCGACAGGAUCAAUUGCAACAACCAAAUCAAUUAUCACUGCAACUGCAACCACCUCAAAGUAAAAUUCCACAAACCUUGCAACCUCAGAAUCAACAAUAUCAACCUCAACUUCAACUCACGAAUAAUAUAAAUGUACCAUAUUAUCAGGCUUUCUCAUAUCAACAACAAUAUCAAUUUCAACCACCAGUUCAUCAAUUUCUUUCACCUCAACCAGAAACUCAAUCACGCCAGAGAUCUAGAAAUGAUUCUUUGGGGACAAACACAUCAUCAAACGAUUCAACCACCAACAUAUCAGAUCCACAGCUUAACAGAACGCAUAACAACUAUCAUAGAUCGAGUCAAACUCAGUAUUUUUUACCAGCUUUUCAUCAAACCACUUACCAAACUCAACCUUACGUUCAAAAUCAAAAUCAGAGUCAAAUGUUUCAACAUCCACAACAAUUACCCUCUCAAAAUAUUAAUGAUUCUCAGACAUCAAAUCUUAUUGAAAAUAACAAACAACAAAUCCCAUCAAUAAGCCAGUUCAGUGAUACAAAUAAUCAGAUUCAAUAUCAAAUGCCACAUCAAUCCCAACAAUUGCAACCAUAUCCACCACCAACGCAACUACAACCACAACCAAUAGACAUACAGCAGCAUUCUCUGCAAUAUCAAGUUCCACCACCACCCUUUCAACCUCAAUUAUAUCAGCAGUUGCCGAAACAGUCACUACUACCUCACCAACAAACCGAAUCAGUUUCAUACCAAUCACAACCAACGUUACAACAAUAUCAAACUUCAAGUUUAUUACCAACAAGAUUACAAUUACCACAAAAUAUAGAUUUGAAUCAGUAUCCCGAUAUGACUACAUUAAUAAAUUCAAAUACACACAUGAUUUUACCACAAGUUGAAAGUCAUUUUGUUGAUUUUAAAAAAUGUUCAAUAUGUGGUAAAAAAAUUACAAGAGAUAUGUCUAGACAUAUGAGAACUCAUCAAUUUGAAAGUAGAUUUAAUUGUAAAUUCCCCAAAAAUCAAUGUAAUCACAAACUGGGGAAAUUCAAUAGACCUUAUGAUUUUAAGAAACAUUUAUUAAACAGACAUUUUAUAUUUGAUGAUCCAUCUAUAAAAAAAUUACAUAAUUUAAAUGAUAAAAUUAAUCAUUUUGGAACUUGUCCUUGUGGUAUGAGAUUUUUGGCAAAUGAUUGGUUAAAUCUACAUAUUUUAACACCAGAUUUGAACUUAAGAUGUACUUAUAUUGAAGAUUAA